UCUACAUUUAAAAACAACGCGAGACUAGCCGAGUCUAAUCGCUUGGCUGCAUUUGGCAUAAACACAAAUUAAAUGUUAUUAUCAGGCUGUUUAGUGUGUUUUUAAAUACACACCAACUAAAACUGACUCGGCAGUAGGCUGCCAUCGAAAUGUUAUAUAAAUAGUAUUUUCUUACAUUUGAAACAUUUUCCGCCGAGGAGUUGUGUGAACAGCCGUUUGGGUGUGAACGGGGCUGGGGUCAGAUCCUCCAGGCAGCAUCGGGGAUAUCUUAACACUAACAGCGGAUCAAGAGGCUCCAACACACCGCUAAACUCUUCUGAUAAACGAAGCGGUGCUCUUCCGCAACCGUAUUUUAUUUCUUUUUUAACCAGUUUGACAUAUAUAGUUGAUGCGCCUGUGAUAUUUACGGUGUAUUGGUUUUUAUAUCGAGCCGUUUGGUCCGUGGAGCUGGCUGGUUCAGGGCUGGCGGAACAACUCGGCCAUCGACGCUAUUCUAGAGGGAAUCCAUAUUAUAGAAGGAGUCCAUUUGACGACGACGUGUUUUUGGCUGGACGGGUUUUUUGGAUCAUUUGGGAUCCUGAUACCUCCAGUCUGUUCCAACUAACCGGUCAGUCCACUGCCCCGCUAUGCGGGAAGAGCGACGGCUUCACCGUCUGCCUGAGAGUCGUGGAAGAAACGCAGCUGGUCAGCUACACCGUUCAAUAAUCAUAUUAUUAUUAUUAGCACACAGUGGCUCAUAUGAAGGGUCUCUACAACUGCUUAACCGUUAUUCCCAUUUGCGCGUUUAUGGAAGAUUGUAAAUUUAAGUUUUUUUAAAAAGUGUUUUUCCAAACUGCGUCAUUGCCCCUCUAAUGGACCGAGCUCCGUAGAUUCCGGUUAGGCUCUUGGGUAAAAACGACAGAAAUCUCCCCAAAAAAACGUUUGUUACUAGUCUUAUGAUCUGACCUCGCCAGAGACAGACGUACGGUGUGAUUGUGUGUCAAGCGAUUUGCUGGGUGUUUUUAUAGGUCAGGAUGUCGAUGGGCAUGGACCCACAGGGAGACCCACAGCCAGCCUAGCCUUCAGCGGCUCUUUGGGAACACUAUCCCGGACACAGUGCUAGCUCCGGACGCCCCCCCGCAACACUGGAGAAUGGAUGGCCGAGAUUUCGGCCCCCCUCGGUCUGUCCAUGUACCCCCUCCCCUGUUGGCUAUGGAGACCCACCGACUCGGAGCUGCUGCUGCAGCCAGGAGGAUCCCUCCCUCGCCCGGACACUUGGGCACAGGGCACCCAGCAAACCUUCACGUCGGGAAAUUCCUUCCAUCUGUCAUGAACCUCCAUCCACAUCACAGU